UUGGACCCCAACAAACAGCUAUCAUCCAGAACCACGGGAAAGCUGGCUGAGUGGAAGUUCUACAACUAGAAGGAAAGAAAGAAGCGCAUUGAGACUGAGUAGGAGGUGCAGAGGCGCAAAGAACAGAGAUUCCAACCGAGAGAACAUGUCAUUCAGAUUCGGCCAACAUCUCAUCAAGCCCUCUGUGGUGUUUCUCAGGACAGAACUGUCCUUCGCCCUCGUGAACAGGAAACCUGUGGUCCCAGGGCAUGUCCUGGUGUGUCCCCUUCGGCCAGUGGAGCGCUUCCGAGACCUGCGUCCUGAUGAAGUGGCUGAUUUGUUUCAGGCCACCCAGAGGGUCGGCACGGUGGUGGAAAAGCAUUUCCAGGGGACUUCUCUUACUUUUGCUAUGCAGGAUGGCCCCGAAGCCGGACAGACAGUGAAGCACGUUCACAUCCAUGUUCUGCCCAGGAAGGCUGGAGACUUUCACAGGAAUGACAGCGUCUAUGAUGAGCUCCAGAAACAUGACAGAGAGGAAGCGGACUCCCCAGCCCUGUGGAGAUCGGAGGAGGAAAUGGCAACAGAAGCCGCGGCGCUGCGGGCCUACUUUCAGUGAUGCAGGCAUGAAAAGCAACUCGAACAAAUCCCAAGGCAUAAGGAAAUGGGCCUGUUCUCAGGACUCUGCAGCACUGGAAAUGAAGCCAAGCAGACUUUAUUACAUCCUCCAAUUCGGCAACCUUUUGCUCAGCAUUUUAUUACCCUGCGGAAGCCACCCGGUUAUGUUUCAAUCACGAUGACUGACAGGCUAACUUCAACACCACGGCAUCGGCAGCCCUUCUGCCCUCCUAAGUCUGCGCCCUCAGAACAGAGCCCUUUCUAAAUUGUCCCUGGGCCUGGAUGGAAAUAAAAUGGCAGUUAAGAUAUUAAAAAAAAAAAUUAAUACUAUGGGACACGGGAAACCUGAUAACAGUAAAAAUUAUGAAGGUGGAGCCCUGGUCAGUGUGGCUCAGUUGGUUAGGCUUUAUCCCAUGCAUUGAAAGUUUGCUGGUUCAAUUCCCAGGUUUCCAGCUGGAUCCUGGGCGGGGGAUUCUCUCUCAUCAUCGAUGCUUCUAUCUCUCUCUUCCUUUCCGUUCCUCUCUGAAAUCAAUAAAAAUGUAUUUUUUUUUAAAAAGUAUACAGGCUGCUACUGUGAGGCAAGGUGCUUAAAUCAGAAACACAGAAGACCUGAGCUAUAAUUUCAGCUAUACCACUUACUUUGUUUAUAAAAUCAGAAUGUUAGAACUAGAAGAAAACGUAGACAUCCAGUGUGAUAUUCUAUUCCAUCCCAAAGUUGGUGGUUUUCAUAAGUCCAUAACCAUUAAUGAAAAGGCAUUUUAUUACUUUAUUCGGUGCAACUGAAUAGUUCCUGCCCUCAACUUGAAUAAUCUUAGAUUUUUUUACUUUGAGGAAAGUAAUUUAUACUUUCCUAAUGAUUUCUCUGUCUUACUUCAUUGAGGGCUGUUUGUUUUGAAAGCUGGUAACUUCAGUUAAAUGGUACAGCAAGGUGGCUUUCCUCUAGCCCAUGGAGGUUUCCAUCAAGCCAAGUCCUCUUGGCAGCGGUGGUCAGACUGAGCAAAUGUAAAUGUAGCACAUGCAACUGUAAAGUAUAACACUUUCAGAAAAGAAAAAAAAAAAAAACCAAGAGCAAAUCUUCAGGAACCUUGGGUGAACAAGGA